GUGUGGGUAUGGCCAUGAGAAAAAUGGGAAGUAUGGCCAAACCGGAUGUUUACAUUGUUAAGGAUGGAGAUGCAUUCACUAUAAAAACAGAAAGCACCUUCAAAACUUCACAGUUCAGUUUCAAGCUUGGUGAGAAAUUUGAGGAAAAUACGUUAGAUGGCCGAAAAACUCAGGUCA